AUGCGCCUCCCUCUAGACAUCUACCAAGAAGACCAAAGUGCUGGAACACCCUCCGCAUACUCUCCUUCAGAUCCAGAGUCUGAACCCGAGUCGCCCCCUCCCAGACGAGGUUCAAAGCGCAAGCGAACAGCAGGCAGCUCAACACACCGCAGACGACGCUCGCCCUCACAGUCCUCGGAUGACUCUGUCUAUGCGGUAGCCCAGAUCCUGGCCAGGUCUCUAAACAAGUGGCGCAAUCCAGACACCAAACAAUUCGAACUCCGUUACCUUGUGAGGUGGGAAGGGUAUGGCCCGGCUGACGAUACGUGGGAGCCGAUCUCUAGCUUGAUGGAAGGGUCGCAAAGCUUGAUAGAUGAGUUUGAAGAUUUCGGCAAGUCCCCGGCAAGUAUCCCGACCGGUGCUAAUCGAUGCUCAGAGUACCACCCGUUUGCCAUCCUGUCGUCCAGGACUAUUCCGUCAAAAGCCGCAUCUUAUCUUGUACGCUACGGCCUCGCGUCCCUCGACACCCCACCGUCUCCGCUAUACGACAAGGUCUGGCAUACUGCGUCCCAGAUUCACCGUAUCGCUGGGAUCCCAAAGAACAUCGUGGAAACAGCCAUAAGAGACUUUGAAGACGAGCAAGUCGCGGAGGACAGCAUCGCUGUCCGGGGCGCAAGCCCGAGAAGACUACAGCUGUUGAAGAAACAGUGCAUACUCGACAUUCUCACUCGAGAAGAGCAAGGGGACCAGAAAGGCUCGUCUUUGCUGUAUCAUGUCAGGUGGAGGGACAAGAUGAAACUGAAAGAGGAGUGGAUGGACUAUGAGCAGAUUGUAUUCACAUUUGAAGAAGACGGCGUGCUGUUUGUCAAAAAGUGGGAGACUGAAAAGGGGUUCAAGCGGCGGCGGAGCCAGGAGGGCACGUCUAUAAAGAAGGAAAGCAGUAGAAAUACAAAGCCAGUCAAGAGAGAAGCGUUAAGCGAGUAUGAGAUGGAGAGACUCGAAAACAUCAGAGCGAACAGGGAGCUCAUGAAGGAGUUGGGACUCUAG